CUAGCUGCGCUGCACAACAUUCACCGGUGUCGUCCAAACCAAGUUGCCUCUCACGCUAAUAUUUUUCAUUAUGGAUUUGAAUAAUAUGCUGUCGCAGCUUGAAACGACCAACGCAGAGGAGGUCGAGCAGCUCCUGCGUCAGUAUAAUCGAGAGAACAGUCGCAUUUUUGCUUUUGAUCCAAAGGAAGAAGCCCUGCGAAGUAAGCUGUGCCAGAAUGUGUUAUCAGUACUUGGGGGACAGGUGCAGCCCAGCUGUCAGAGGACAUGUCUGGAAACUCUACGCAUCCUGUCCAGAGACAAGAGUGUCCUCGCACCUGUAGCCACCAGGGAAGGCAUGUUGACUCUGGGAGGGAUGGCAAGGCUUCAUGAUAGAGAGGAAGGAGGUGACAAUCAGAGAGUCUCUGAGGAAGACACACAGUCAGAGGAGGAAGAGCGGGUGGUGGUGGAGGCCUUGAAGUGCCUAUGCAACGUGGUUUACAACAGUCCUGCUGCUCAGCGUGUCAGCAUAGAAGUGCAGCUGGCCCACGGCCUGUGUGCCAGCCUGCGUACGGCCCGCACAUGGCACCAUGAGGUGGGCCUGUUCACUCUGCGCCUUCUCUUCCUGCUGUCUGCCCUGCAGGCUGAUGUAAGAGGAAUUUUGAGGAGAGAAUGCCAUGCAGUGAGACUACUGACAGAGGUCCUGGAGCACAUCCUAGAUGUGCGCUGGGUAGGCCCCUAUGAAGUUGCCUGUCCAGAUUCACAGGCCCUGUCCAUGCCUGCAGAAGACAAUGAGCGAGCAAUGGAAGCACUCAAGGCCUUGUUCAACCUUACUCUAUCUGUCUCUGGUGAGAAGGAUGACCACCAGUUCCGGCUAAUCACUGCCAUCCUGCGCCACCUGUUGAUGCUGAAGACUGAGACAGAGGAGAAAACCGAGGAAGCACACAGCCAUGCUGUUAACUUGCUGAACAACAUGCCAGCCUCCUGCCUCGACGUGUUAAUCGAUGUGCCUGUCCAAGGAGGACAUGAGAACUAUGGUGGCAAAAACAUGGAUGCAAUCCAGGUGUUAAUAGAUUUCAUGGGGAAAAGGAUUGACAAGCAGGGUUCCAACUACAAAGAGGGGCUGACACCAGUGCUUAGCCUUUUAACAGAAGGAUCCAGACACCACAGAGAGAUCCGCAGAUUUAUCAAAGCUCAGGUACUCCCUCCACUGAAAGAUGUGAAGAUCCGGCCAGAGAUUGGCACCACCACCAGAAACAAGUUGGUUCGCCUGAUGACUCAUGUGGACAUGGGCGUGAAGCAGACCGCUGCAGAGUUUCUCUUCGUUCUCUGCAAAGAGAGUGUGGACAACCUGUUGAAGUACACGGGAUAUGGAAAUGCAGCAGGACUCCUGGUGGCUCGAGGACUUCUUUCAGGAGGAAGAGGAGAGACGCAGUACUCUGAAGAUGAAGACUCAGACACCGAAGAAUAUAAGAGUGCCAAACCAUUCAUCAACCCCAUCACUGGUCAUGUGGAAGAGCCCAUGCCAAACCCCAUUGAAGAGAUGACGGAGGAGCAGAAGGAAUACGAGGCUCAGAAACUGGUCAACAUGUUAGACAAGCUGUCAAGGCAGAACCUGAUUCGGCCCAUGGGUGUCAGGCCAGACGGGAAGCUAGCACCCCUGGAAGAAACACUCUGUGAUCUACCCGAAGACAACUCAGACUCUGACUCUGACUAGUGCUCUGUACACUGACGCCACAUUUUCCACAAGCCCACCAGGUCAACCCACCUAAAGCUGUGUCCCAUUUCGAGGGCUGGAUCCUGUGAAGGAUGGGGAAAGGUGGGUCCUUCAGAGUUAGCUAAAACACCCAAAUCGAAAACAGAGUCUUAAAAAAACAAAAAAAAACAACCCACAAAAACCAGCAGGUGCCGGAUCAGAAUAGUGCUGCAGUGAUGGUUCCCUGCAAAGUAGUCUAAGACAACUGAUAGUGGAUAAUCUGUUUUACACACACUCUCGCAGAAGUUCAGACAGAGGACUGUGGCUCCUCCCUUCAAUUGACUAAAUCUAUUUUAUGCCGAUUAUUUGAUCCUUCACAGUUCUACUUUUUAUUGGUAAAUACAUCUUUGUAACUUCUACUUGUCUGUAUGUUUAUAUCUGACAUCUGUUACCUACAUCAGUGCUUUCUUCCUUCAACGAAUCAGUAACUGAUGACCACUCGCAUUGAAAACUAAAAGCUAAAAGUGAUGUGGUGAUAUGCAUCACAUUAAACAUGACUCGGAUGCAGUGGAUUGUGAGAUAGUAGUAGCUGCGAAGAAGCGUUCCCUCUUGUCUGCCUUUUUCAGAGAAUGCGUUGAAGCGAUGCAGUUCUUGUCGAUCUGAUGUUUUCAGUCUUGCUAAUGCAGCUUGUGAUGAUCCAGCCCUGAGUUGGGACUUUAGGGGUCUGUUGCUACCGUAAGCCAUUCUCCACAGUGGAAGUGGACUUUAAAAGUGCGAUACACUGUAAUGCAAAGGCCUUUGUGGUUAACUGUUGCACCUUCCUCAUUCACUUUCCUGCUCCAGAAGGUUGUGAGAGGUUGAAAACACUCAUGUUUGCUAAAAGUGUAGUUAGAUCUAAAUUAUCAUUCCUUCACCGUUGUUUUUUUUCUAUUUCUGCCACAUGUUUUGUCCACUGUUUUUACUACUAGAUAAUCCAAGUGCACAUUAUCAACACACAUGUAAACGUGACGUUGGCCUGUCCAGAUCGGACCAGUGUUGAUGUAUAUUUAGAAAUCAGGCAGUGCCAGUGUGAAGAGUUUGACCUCGUAGCUCACAGUGAGUCUGUAUUUAUUUGUGUAAUUUUCAUGAAUGCUGCACAUCAGUUAGUUGCCAAGGAAACUUUCAGGAUUCAGUCGGCUCUCACUUAUUUCACUGGACGGUAGUUUGGCAAAACUCCCUUUUGAUUCAAAAAUGAACUUUAAAAUGAAUGGAUGCUACGUUCUCUGGUGAUGGACGACGGUAAAGCUGUUGUCAGACUUUUGUGGACUCUUGACAAAGAAAUGUUAAAAUUGAAAUGAUUUUAUCUACAUUUCUUUUUCUCCUCUGUCAAAUCUGCAUGAUGUUAACUCUAUUCACAGUAAUGUGAUUUGUUUUCUACAUUUAAAUAUUUGCUAAUUUUAUAAAAAAAAAUCUAUUUUAGUCCAUGUAUGAACUGGAUAACAAUUCUUUGUGCUAGUGGAGUUUUUUAUUAAAUGUAUAAAACACUUCCACUUGUGAAGUUGAGUGCAUGGCAGAUGCAACAGAUUUGGACUUUGAACUCCCUAUUCCUUUAGAUUUCUUAUACAUUUGUGGCAAAGGGAAAGAAAAAUAAACACUCUAAUCCAGAGGAAUUUAACUUAAACAAGAGAAAACAAGUCAUUAUUUGAGGAUUCUGUGAAAGCUCCGCUCUGAAUCACCACUACUGCCUCCUCACAAACAUUAAUAGAGAUCAUUUAGGAAUCAAAUGAGUGGGAAAAACCAACAUAAGUGUCUUAGUAAGAUGAUGAAGCCUGCAUGAGCUGUUAAAUCAGCUUUACUGCACCAUGUCAUGAGUUCAGCAGUUCUGGCUGUAAAGGCCAUAGCACAAGUCACAUUCUCUCCUAAUCAAACCAUUCAGUGGCCAUUUUGCUUUCUUCUUUUCUUCAGGUUUAGUUUGUGUCGUUUCUGUGAAUCUGUUUCUUUUCACGCAUGUAAAUACCAUAUUUUCCUGCAUCAUCAUUAUUGUUAUUAUUAUUAUUGUUGUGGGAAAACAAAAGUGCAUGUUCACAUUCUCUCCAUCUGCAAAGUCUAUGUUAUGAAAAUUGUUUUGUUCUUUUUGCACAUUGUUAAACUGUAAAUAGCACUGCUCUUAUAGUGAGGCGUCUAAUGAAAAGUAAAUAAAGUGAAGGAGAAUA